AGUCAGUCAAAAGACGAACUCAGGCAGAGAGUUUCUGAUUACCAGCCCUGUGUACCGGAUGUAGGAUUACUGAAAAGACCGUAAUCCAACGCGCCUUGGCUCACUUGAUCGAACCAUUGGACCCUACCUAUGAAGAAUCACCGUUACUGCAUGUUUGCAAAGAAGCCGUAAUUACCUCGUUUGGACCAACUUUCUACGUAUCCAUUGUGCUUUUAUAUCCUCGACGUUCAUAUUAAUCCAUAGUUAUAUUUACAGACAUUUUAGCUGUUUGACUAAACAUUUUGAGACUUUGGCACUUUCUAUUGGAAUUUGUUCCUUGUUUGGCAAUACUGUGUGAAGACAUGAUAAAAAGAAAAGAAAACAAUUCCAGAGUGGGGAUUGUGGACAAUAAACGGAGAAUAGGAAUUACGUAUAACAAUAGAAUUUACCUGCCAUAUGUAUGUUUAUAUUUACCCAAAACUUUAAAUACAGCAGCAGUAUUACCGAAGUUUAUUGACAAUUCUAUCAAUGUUUGACGACUUAUUGUUCUUUAGAUUGGAACAUUGUGAUAUUUUCAACAUUGUUCCCCAUACUUGUAUUGCAUCCCUUUCUUUCGCUAUGCUGAAGUUGUUGCUGGCAUUUGCAGCUUAAUUUGUUUAAACGUUCCUGUGAUCAAGAUGUAUCUGGCAAGUUGCGGUCAACAAACUCGCCAGGUGGACGUAUAUGAUAAUAGAAAUCUGAAGAUGGUCAGUGGAUAUGACCUUCUAGACAAACUGUCCCGCCGGAGGAUGUAUGCACGCUCCAAUGUUCGUGAGAAGUCCUCCCUAUCUGACCACUAUGACCAGCAGGAUUUCGUCAUCAGCCUUGAUGAUGUAGGAAUUGAAGUUGAGGGUCUUGGACUGAUGGAGAGGACAAGCAUUGAUCACCGGCGUUCCCGGACUGUGCCCUGGUUUGAGGACAAUAGGUCAUCCUAUCAGCACCAUGCUGAGUACCUUAAAAAGCUUUCCACUUUGCGAGAUGAACUUAUUCUUCAGGAGCAGUCACACCUUGCCAAUGCACUCGACAGAUUACGCAUGCGCCAAUACAGUAAAGAUAACGCGCUUGCACGGAACAGAUCAAAGGAAUUUCCGCCAGACUCAAAGCGGUCUUUAGUGACUACCAUCGAACAUUUCCAGAAAAUGAGACCAAAGAGGUCUCCUCCACAUAUAUCCCCAUUAGAGGGAAAACAGAUUCUAGAACCACAGACUUACAAACCUUCUAAAAGUCCACAGUUAUCAGAAAAAGGUGUGUCGCAACGGUUGAUGGACGACAGUGUUCGGGCAAACCUACAAAGGAUACCACAAACCACCGUACAACCGACAUCUAGCAUCCCGAACAUAGGACGUAAAUCUAUCGCUAAAAGCAAGGAACUAGUGUUAGAUGGUUCUCCAAUCCACAGGCGAGGUACGUUACCGUCUCGAGAAGAAAGAGACCCAUUAGAAAUAAACCCAUUCAAGGCUGUCUACAAGGGUAAUAACGGAACACGCUUAAAGCGUCUAGUACGACCGGAUUCAGACGAACUUGAUUUGCGAGCUCAAGCUAUUAGGUUUGAAGCGUUAAGUGAUAAAGAUAAGAUAAAUAUGGACAAAUUGAGAGAAUACUACUGCAUUUACUAUCUCCCAACAAACACACCAACGAACGUUUCAGACGAUGAAGAUUCAAUGGAAAUGCCGGAAGAGAGAGUUGUACAGGAAUCGGUGGGAUUUCAGCAUGAUAAAAAGAAACGUUUGACUCUUCUAGAGGGUAAAGGACGAGGUUUACAUUCGAAUGAUCGUGUGGUUAAUUCUCCAAGGAAAUCUCAAGAGGAACAAAAUAACAACGGAAUCACGGACAGUUUGAUUCUAAAUGGCCAGGGUAUACGGGACCAGGAUGUGGCGCCACCGGCGGAAAGUCAACCGCUGGCGGAAAGUCAGUCUUUUUCUAUAUACGGUGAUAGAAAGUGUGCGGUUCCAGUUCGGAAGCAAAUCAUUGUGGACAUGCCGUCUAUUGUGUUUAAUAACGCUACACCAGAAAAUGAGAAUUCCGAAGUAUUGGAACGGAAGCGGCGCUCAGUGUUACAAAAGACGUUCAAGCAGAACGAGAUCCGUCAACGUGAAUUACGUAAUCUCUUCGAUGACGUCCGAGAAUUAAACAAACGUAGUGACGAACUGACAGAGUCAAUAAAGUCAUCUUCAGAUUAAAACAGUGCUUUCACCAAUGUAGUACAUGUAUUACCAUUCAUUUCAGAGGCAUUUUUGUUAUUUAUUAGUAGCUCAUCGACGUCCAGUCACCAGUUGUCAUGUCAUUGCAUGCCAAUUUGUUGUUCAUCUAGUCAUUCUAUACACUUUUGUUUAUAUAAGUGCACAUUGCUUAAAUUCCUUUUGUUUAAAUUAGUUAUUAAAGGAGUGGAAAAAAA